CCUUUCUCUGUAUUACCAAGUACAACCUCCCUGAAACAGAAAAUAUAUUUCUACAAUAUUACUCAUUCUAUAGAAAAACCAAAACAAACAAAAUCAAGCACUGAUGAUCCACCCAAACAAUAAAAUAUAUGGAUAGCAUAAUAUCCAUGGAUACCACCCACCCACCGCCGUCGGGUGGGUCCCACAACCAACAACAACCAGAGCUACCACCAGGGUUCCGUUUUCACCCUACUGAUGAAGAACUAGUGGUUCACUAUUUGAGGCGAAAAGUCCAAUCUACCCCUCUUCCUGUCUCCAUUAUUGCUGAGGUUGACCUCUACAAAUUCGACCCUUGGGAACUCCCCGCUAAGGCGGUGUUUGGAGAAGAAGAGUGGUAUUUUUUCAGUCGAAGGGAUAGAAAGUACCCAAACGGAGCACGCCCAAACAGAGCAGCAAUAUCUGGUUAUUGGAAAGCUACUGGAACUGAUAAGCCUGUUUUAAGUUUUGGAAAUAAAAAAGUGGGUGUUAAAAAGGCACUUGUUUUCUAUGCUGGAAAACCUCCAAGAGGUACCAAAACUAAUUGGAUUAUGCAUGAAUAUCGCUUGCUUGAUAUUAAACCCACUAAUAAACCUCCUGCCUAUCAUCUUUCCAACAAUAAUAAAGCUUCUUUAAGGUUGGAUGAUUGGGUAUUGUGUCGAAUAUACAAGAAGAACACAAGUAGACCGAUGGAUCAUGAUCACGGUCAUGAACGUGAUCAUCAACGAGAAGAUUCCAUGGAUGGCAUGACCAUGAUGGGAUCCAUGUCAUCGAUGUCUAUACGAAGCUCAAUGAACGACAUAACACAACAAUAUUUAAGCAACAAUUCUAGCCUCGACAAUUCACAUGUUGAUGAUCAACAAGUAAUAUUGUUCGAUAAUAGUAUUGUGGGUAGUGAUUAUGUGAUGAAUCCCGAUCCACCACCACCAAAUCCUCUCGCAACAAACUCUUUUUCACUUAAAUGUUCGUUGCCCUCCCUAUACUGGGAGGGCAAUGAUACUAAUAAUGGUGGUGGUGAUGUUAAUAGUCCGGGUAACAAACUAUCGAUGCUCAAUAUGAACAUCGAUUGCAAUAACAACAACAACGACAACAAUACUAAUUUGUCAACGUCUAGUCUUAUUCUAAAUCAGCUUCCACCUCAAGUGGCACCACCUUCCAUACAGCAAACAGCGGAAAUAUUAGGGUGUUUAUCAUCAUCACAUCCUCUUCCUGAAUUAAAUUGGUACUCCUAAUUAUUUUUUUCGAGUUUCCAAUUUGAUUUUAUGAUUCAUAAUUUAUUCAUAGCCAUAAACAUUUUCUAAAAUUAAGACAACAACAAAAUGGGUAUAUAUGGUAAAUACGAUAUAUAGCUUAGUAAAGAUAAAUUUUAUAUAUUCUUCUGUUUCAGUCUAAUUGUUGCUACAUUUCUAUUUUUAUAUAAAAUAUUAUUUUUGUAUAAAGAAUAUAUUUUAAAGUAAAUAAUAUAUACAAUAAUUUUAUAGAAACGGAAGAGUAUGUAGUAUGAUUAAUUAGGCUUCUAGGUAUACAUAGAUUAAUUAUGUUUAAUUAAUGGGGCAUUAAUAUUAGUGUUUAGCAAUAAUUGCAUAAUAAAUUUAGUUUGACAAUGUAGUAUCAACCCCCAUACCCCUCUUUUAGCAAAAGUAGGAAAAAAUAAAUUAUAUUUCUCAUAGCAAGCUGAAUACUUGUAUAUACGCUUUAUAGCAAAAGGGAUUGGGGGGUUUAGAGAUUGAUUUUUCUCUUGAACAUAGAUUAAUGUACAAUAAAUUAAAGACAAAUGAAAAAUUAAGUGGAUUGUGAUAAUUAUUUUUCUUUUGGUUAAUAUAAAAAUAUUGAUCUUAAUUUUGGCACAAAGCUUGUAAUAUUUAUAGAAUUAAUGAUAUUUCUUGGCAAUGCAUUAUGAACUAUUAUGUUAUAAUACUAUUAGUUUUUUUUUUUUUUCUUUUUCUUGUAUCAAUUUGGUUUAUAAAUAAUCAUUAUCUUUUGAUGUGUUUUUGUUUUAUAUGGGCUUAUUUCCAUUAUUUUUGAUGUGUAUGGGUUGUUUUGUUCGUGAAGUCAGAAAAUAAACAUUAUUAGUGAAAAAAAUAUAAAAGCACAAUUAUAUUAUCAAAAAGGUGCUCAAGGAUUUGAAAUUUUUUUUAUCAAAGUUUCAUUUACAAUUGAACCAACAUAUUUAUAUUAGUCUGAUAAUUAAAUUUAUAUUAUAUAAUCAAGACAUAUGCACAGCAAAUUUUACUUGAAAUGUGAGCAUUGCUACUAUUGGGAUGAGUUAUCCCACAUCGACAAAUUAAAAAUGGUGUGUCCACUUUAUAAGUUAUUGGAGUCCUU